AUGGAGAGACUCGGCGAUCCCGAGCCCACCCAGGGCUGCAGCGCCCAGGGCCCGGGCGGCGCUCCCGGCGACGGUGGUGGCGCCCCUCCAUGGGCCCCGGAGGACGCCUGGAUGGCCACCCACCCAAAGUAUUUAGAAAUGAUGGAAUUAGAUAUAGGAGAUGCUACUCAAGUCUAUAUAGCAUUCUUGGUUUACCUGGACCUCAUGGAGAGUAAAAGUUGGCAUGAAGUAAACUGUGCGGGAUUGCCAGACCUCCAGCUCAUCUGCCUGGUUGGUACUGAGAUAGAAGGAGAAGGGCUACAGACUGUGGUCCCUACAUCCAUCAAUGCCUCCCUCAGCCAUAACAGGAUAAGGGAGAUCUUGAAGGCAUCUCGGAAAUUGCAAGGUGAUCCAGAUUUGCCGAUGUCUUUUACUCUGGCCAUAGUGGAGUCCGAUUCCACAAUAGUCUAUUAUAAACUCACUGAUGGAUUUAUGCUGCCAGACCCGCAGAAUAUUUCCCUUAGAAGAUGA